UCAGCACUUCCAUUUAGGCUAAGUGAUGCUCAAUUUCUGCAUAUGUACCAAUCUUGGAUCAAACAUGUGUACGUGCCUAGUUAUUCCAACUUUACUAGCUAUUUAUCUGGAGUGGUAGUCGGAUACAUUUAUCACCAAAACAGACACAAUAAUUUGAACCUCGACGAUUUUCGGAUUUACAACAUUAUUAAACGAGCUCGCGUCCCAUUGCUAGCUCUUGCAUACCUUCCAACAUUCGUUUUCUACCGAUACGAGAUUCCCCGUUCAUCCUGGUUGACCAUAAUCCACACCGUCCUGUACCGAAACGCAGGUGUUAUUGCUUUUUGUGUAACGCUUAUCGAGUGCUUCCAAAAUUCUCCAGCCAUCAUCCGCACCUUUCUCGCCUCCAAACCGAUGACCAGCUUGGGCAAACUGAGUUUCGCCGUGUACGUGCUGCACAUUCCCAUGGUACGGAUCGUUCUGAACUGGAUCCCUCCCACGCUGGAGCUGACAUGGUGGAGUCCGGUUUGGAUGGUACCAUCCUUUGCUGGUAUCUAUUUGAUUGGACUUUGUGUUUAUUUGUGCAUCGAGCAACCCGUUAGUCUGGUGCUGAAACACUAUUGGUUGGGCAAGAAUUGA